AUGCCCCCCGGAACUGGGGAUAAGAAGCCUGAGAAGUCGUAUCUGAGCUCCGCCGUCGACGUUAUCAACCCGUGGUCGACUAGUCGGACGGCAACACCUACGCCUGAUAAUAAGGACGGAGGGAGUGCAUCCGUGCCUGAUGGGACUGCUACGCCUAAGGGAGCGGCCCCGGGCGACCAUACUAUAACGCCGUUUUAUGGACAGAGCUUUCGAACGUAUCCGAAGGACUGCCCGCCCUUGAAUGUGCAAUGGUUUCAUGCUGUUGAUGUGCCGAAACGGAAACCCAAGCUGAUCAAGGGACCUAAGAAGGAGGACAAGGACCCGAAGCCGGCGGUGCGCCCAAAGAAGUUUUCAGCAUUCUCGGUGUCUGAUUCGAGGAGGACAGAGGCAAGGUACCAGAAACUAUUGGAAGCUGUUGAGGGAGAGCAUGAUUCGCUCGGUGACUCGCAUAGCCGACCUUCAAAGCGGUCCAAGUCGAGUAAAGCUGCUACACUAGACGAUGCACACCGUGGACAUACGCGGGUUGCAGUGAAUGAGGACUAUCUGUUUGAUAUUGAUAUUGAGGAGCGGGAGCUUGCCCCGGUCUAUUGGUUAGGGCCGAUUUAUGAAGUGCGUCGUGGGACUUGGUUCUUCCAGGAGGGCUCUGGCCUCAGACCUUGUGAGGAGAACCUUGCAGCUCAAUUGGAGGAGGGGUAUUUGAAGACAAAGCCGUGGUUGUUUCCAGGGCGAGCACGAAGCAAGUCCGAAGUGAAGGACACAUCAGUGACCGCCAAACCAGACCGACCCAGUACUGCAGAUCAGAAGGCCACAACUCCCUCAGCAGAAUCGCAGAAGACAGCAGCUACCGCAACUCAGCCAUUGCAGCCACAAUUGCCGACAUAUCGCCUAUUUGGUGCAUAUAUGAACAAUGUCGCCACUUAUGAAGACGAAAAGACUGCUUGGAUGACUACCGAUGGUAUGCUCUCGUGGGUAGCCGCUUCGGUGUAUGAGCGUUUCGCAGGCGGCGGAUACAUGAGUGGCGUCAAGUUGAUCAGAGGGUAUUCGGAGCCAAAGAAAGCAAAAGAGAAGGAAGAAGUGAAGCCUGCCGCAGACGCCCCGGAUAUCCCAGGCUUGGACGAGCGCCAACAGAAGCUGUUGAAGCGGAGAUCAGCUCCACCUACCACCAGAGACUCACUUGAAGACCUAGGGUAUAGCCAGGUUGUGAAGAAGGAGACUGAACAACGCGAGUCGAAGCUUCAGCGCCAACUGUCAUCCUUUCUCGAGAGCGAACGGCGCACUACUGAAGAAACCGAGGAGCAGAUUAGGAAACGCGAGGAGCAAGAAAUCCAGGACGACUACAAUGCCCAAGACGGGGAAGCUCAAGGCCGUGACAUUGAGCACCUGGUUCUUGUCACGCAUGGCAUUGGACAGAGGCUUGGCUUGCGCAUGGAAAGUAUAAACUUUGUGCAUGAUGUCAACAUCUUGCGCAAGACAAUCAAGUCUGUGUACAGCAAUUCCGCUGAUCUGAAGGCACUAAACUCAGAGCUCGGAGCUGGGCCUGGUAAUUGUAGAGUGCAAGUUCUUCCAGUGUGUUGGAGACACUUGAUUGAGUUUCCUAGACAGCGCCAAAGAAAGGGUGAGAGUGAUAUAGGGGACGCUACUGGUGAAGAAGAUGACUAUCCAUCACUAGAAGACAUAACGGUUGAAGGAGUUGCUUUUGCCAGAUCACUUAUUUCAGAUCUCGCACUUGACGUCUUGCUCUAUCAGAGCUCGUACAGAGAGGAAAUAUCGAGAGUUGUCGUAGCAGAGACGAACCGAAUUCUAAAACUCUUUCAAGAAAGGAAUCCGGAAUUUAGAGGAAAAGUACAUCUGAUGGGCCACUCUUUGGGUUCCGCCAUCUUUUUCGACGUUCUCUGUCGCCAAAGGGAGAGGCAUCCUGAUGAGUCCCGCCACCCACUACGAUUCUGGCCAUCGCACAACCGACCUGAAAUCAGACCAAAGGAUGAAGAGCUGGAGUUUAAUUUUGAGGCGUCCGACUUUUUCUGUCUGGGUUCUCCUGUUGGUUUGUUUCAGAUGCUCAAGGGGAGGACCAUUGCUGCACGCCAUUCGCCGCAUGGUCUACCGUCGGAAAGCCCACUGAACCCAGAGGACACAAACGAUCCAUUCUUGACGGCUCCCGCAGGCACAGGCAUGGAUGGCAUCUCUCCAGUUAGCGGGUUACCCAUGACGGUAUCGUCUCCCAAGGCCGAGCAGCUCUUCAACAUUUUCCACCCGUCAGAUCCAAUCAGUUACAGAAUGGAGCCUUUGAUCUCACCUGCCAUGGCUUCUCUAAAACCACAGGCUCUGCCUUAUACCAAGAAGGGCAUAUUCGGAAAUGUGGCGCCUCAAGGAUUGACAGGCAUAGGAGCCAAGGUCGGGCAGAGCGUUAGCGAUCUCUGGUCGAGCUUGAGCGCAGGAAUUGCCAGCAACAUCCUCAACCGAAGCCUCGGUAUUACCAACGAGGAGGUUGCCCGCCUAGCUGCAGAGGAGCAUCGUGGAGAUAAGAAGGGUGAGGCCGACGUCACCGCCAGCCAAGAGGCUGCGCAACUCUCAGACGAGAGGAAGAGACAGUUGGCGGAAGCGGCAGCUAGAGGACGUCGCGUGAGCGAUAAUGGUAACACGGUGACCCUGAUUGACGAUGAGCUGGAGACGCUGUAUUCAACGUUUCAGAAACGACAUGACUCUGUGCAGCAUGACGAGGAAAUAGCCCACCUUAAUGAUGAGUCGCGAAAGGCUCGGAAGCUGCGGCUGGAAGAGGCCAAGGUGCGAGCUUUGAACAGGAAUGGCCGAGUUGACUAUAGCAUUCAGGAAAGCGCCUUGGACUUUAACCCGAUUAACACGAUUGCAUCACACAUGAGUUACUGGGCGGACGAAGAUGUCAAUCAUUUUGUUCUAUCACAGCUACUUUCUGGAAAACCAGUGGAUAAAAAGGGAAAAUAA